CAACCCGCCGACCCCUGCCAACCCCGGGAAGGGGCGCCCGGCCUCUCCUCUCAGUCGCCUCGGCUGCUUGCCCCGGUUCCCUGGGACAACUCCGCGGCGCGGAUCCCGGCGGAAGGGGGCGGGGUUUCACUCUCCCCGCCCCCGCGGAGGGAUACAGGCAACCGCGGUCCAAAACCCCGGGGCGAGGCGGCCGGGGCGUGUGAGCUGCUUGGUCUGCUGCGCGUUCACGCGGUCUACGAGGGCUCGGUUGGGGCCACUGCGUCGCGCGACAGCCUCGCCAGCGCGGGUUUCGGCAUUCCGAAAGCCGGUGCUUCUGCAGCGCUCUCCUCCCAGCGCCCGCUCGCCAUCUGGGGCUCAGGGCUGCGCGCGGCCCAGGGAGGCCGCCCUCCCGCGUCCGCGACCGCGCGGGGAGCCGAGCCCGGCGAGAGGCGGCGUAGAGCCCGGAGGCCUCGGGCCCGGGCCCCGCUGCCGCCCGCGAUGCUGCUCUCCAAGUUCGGUUCCCUGGCGCACCUUUGCGGGCCGGGCGGCGUGGAGCACCUCCCGGUUAAGAUCCUGCAGCCGGCCAAGGCAGACAAGGAGAGUUUCGAGAAGGUGUACCAGGUGGGCGCCGUGCUGGGCAGCGGCGGAUUCGGCACUGUCUACGCGGGCAACCGCAUCGCCGACGGGCUCCCGGUGGCCGUGAAACACGUGGAGAAGGAGCGAGUGACCGAGUGGGGUAGCAUCGGCGGCGCGGCCGUGCCCCUGGAGGUGGUGCUGCUGCGUAAGGUGGGCGCGGCGGGCGGCGCGCGCGGCGUCAUCCGCCUGUUGGACUGGUUCGAGCGGCCCGACGGCUUCCUGCUGGUGCUCGAGCGGCCUGAGCCGGCCCAGGACCUUUUCGACUUCAUCACGGAGCGCGGCGCACUCGAUGAGCCCCUGGCACGCCGCUUCUUCGCGCAGGUGCUGGCCGCCGUGCGCCACUGCCACGCCUGCGGGGUGGUGCACCGCGACAUCAAGGACGAGAACUUGCUGGUGGACUUGCGCUCGGGAGAGCUCAAGCUCAUCGACUUCGGCUCGGGCGCGCUGCUGAAGGACACAGUGUACACCGACUUCGACGGCACCCGGGUGUACAGCCCUCCGGAGUGGAUCCGCUAUCACCGCUACCACGGGCGCUCUGCCACUGUCUGGUCUCUGGGCGUGCUGCUCUAUGACAUGGUGUGUGGGGACAUCCCCUUCGAGCAGGACGAGGAGAUUCUGCGGGGCCGCCUUUUCUUCCGGAGGAGGGUCUCCCCAGAGUGCCAGCAGCUCAUUCAGUGGUGUCUGUCCCUGAGGCCCUCGGAGCGGCCCUCGCUGGACCAGAUCUCCACCCACCCCUGGAUGCUGGGGGCAGACGGGGGCGCCUCCGAGAGCUGUGACUUGCGGCUCUGUGCCCUGGACGCAGAUGACGGGGCCAGCACCACCUCCAGCAGUGAGAGCUUGUGAGGAGGAACCUGCACCUGGCUUGUGGGACCAGAGGGACCACCUGCCCCAGCAUGGCCCUCUGUAGGGCCUGUCCUGUCAGGGCUGCCUGCUCCUUGAGAAAGCAGUGACCUCUAACUCCUGGUGACCUUUGCCUUUGGCACCGGGCCUGUUUCCUUUGCUUUGAGUGCCUUUUCGAACGCUGCUUUCACGGGACUUGGUAUUCUCAAGCUCUGUCUGUCCAAAGACCUCCGGUCGAAGCGAGGUCCCGCCUGUCCUGGGCGGGUGCUUGACCCCGAGACUGUCCCUGUCCUGUGCUUCUGGGAGGCAGUGCUGUCGGCCCUCCGCGCCUCCCGAUCUGACGAAGUUAGGCCAGGAGCAUUGUCUGUCCUGUGGCCUCGUCUCACCGGGCACAGGGUCCCUAGUGCCCACCUCCCGCACCCACCCUUGUCCUUCGGUGUUCGUCCGGGCAUGUCUGUGCACAAGCAAUGCAACGUUCAGGCCUCUGCCGCCCACACUCAUGCACGGUGCGUGUGUGCGUGUGCGUGUGCAUGUCUAUUUAUGGUGUGACCCCCGCGGAGGGCUAUUUAUUGUUUAAUUUAUUUGUGGGGGGUCCUUCCCAGCAGCCCUGCUCCUCUAGGCCCCUGAGGCUGGAGAGGGGGUGGCUGUGUGUGGACC